AUGUCACGAUAUCGUACCAUGAACCCAUAAACCCUUAAACACUUACCAUCAGGCAAAAUAAUGAAAGAAUUUGCAGUCAAUUCCAACUUGCCACCCUCGCGAAUACUGUAGGUUUAUUAGCAGCCAGUCAACGAAGUCAUGUUGCAGAUUUCAUCCCAUUUUAUCACCAAGGCUUAUACCCCUCUACAGCUAUGGGAUCUUUUCGAAGAUCUCAACAACUAAUAGCAGCUUGCUGGGCAAGGCGGUUAAGCCGGAUUUCCCAUGGAACAUCCAGAUUAGCUUGGACGUCGAUCCGUUGCCGUGCAUCCAAGGUUGGCAGCCGAUCAUCACUUUUACAGAAAUCUCAACCACAAUUCCAACCACAGUUACAAUCUCAAUUUCCACGUGGCUUUUUUAGUUCCCGUCCGAAUCAACAACAAAAGGACCCCGGUGGCGAUACUCAGGCCCAUGCCGAUUCCGGUUCCGGUGCCGAUGCUGGUUCUGGUCCUGGUAAACGUCCCCUUGCUGUCCUGCCUACAGCCUUCGUACUUUUAGGCGCCUUGCUUAUAUCCUCACUCUAUCCAGGAGGUGAAAAACACCAACGUCACUCCAACCUUGUGAGACAGACAAAGAAACCCUCCGGCGAUACUACCAGUAGUGAUAGUGAUGGCUCGAAAACUAAUCCUGAUGAGACUUCAUGGUCAGCCUUUACUCGACGAUUUGAGGAUUUCUCUAAUGUCACUGACAUAGAAUGGACCGCAUUAUCCGAUCGCAUAGUCGGUCUGAUCUUGCCUGAGUGGUCCAAGGGCCUUCCCGGCCAGAUCCGCAAGCUCCAGCGCGAGUUGUCCAUGGUAGAUGGGUCGCUGGCUAAUGAAAUCUGGCAAGAAGCUCAUGACCCUUUCAUUCAUCCUGAGAUACAGUAUUCUGCCAAGGUACGCGUCUCUGAUGAGCUCUGCGACGAUGAGAAGGAGUUCUUGUCUCGUAGGAAGAAAGUUGCCACCGUAGCUUUAGCCAAGUACCUUGGCCUCGAUGAGAAAGCAAUUCAUCCCGACGAUGUUCCCACCAUAGCUAUGUGUGGUUCUGGCGGUGGCCUACGAGCCUUAGUAGCUGGCUCAGGCUCUCUCCUCGCUACCCAGGAAGACGGCUUAUUGGACUGUGUCACCUAUACGUCCGGCGUUAGUGGUUCAUGUUGGCUUCAAUCUCUAUAUCUCUCAUCCCUUACCAAUUGCCGGCUCGACCGCAUCGUUGAUCACCUGAAGGCUCGGAUAGGCGUUCAUAUUGCAUAUCCUCCAGCUGCGUUUUCAUCCGUGACCACCUCGCCAACCAACAAGCUACUGCUUAGUAGUCUAGUUGAGAAACUCAAAGGGGAUCCGAAUGCAAACCUCGGACUUGUCGAUAUAUAUGGCAUUCUCUUAUCAGCACGGCUUUUAGUACCAAAGGGCGAACUAGGAAUUAACGAGAAGGACUUCAAAAUGUCUAAUCAAAGAGAAUAUAUCAAAUACGGACAAAAUCCCAUGCCGAUCUACACUGCCGUCCGGCACGAGAUACCAGAUCUAGAGCAAACAUCAAAAAUGGGCCAUGACAGUACCGAGCGUGCUAAGGAGGUUGCAAAGCAAGAGGCAUGGUUUCAAUGGUUUGAGCUAACGCCGUACGAGUUUUUUUGUGAGGAAUUUAACGCCGGAAUUCCAACUUGGGCGCUUGGUCGACGGUUUAACAACGGUCAGGAUGUAGCUCCGGAAGGGAAUGGUUCCCAUCUACCAGAGCUUCGAAUGCCUAUUAUGAUGGGAAUUUUCGGCAGCGCUUUUUGUGCCACACUAAGUCACUAUUAUCGAGAGAUCCGGCCACUCGUGAGGAGACUUACUGGUUUUGCUUCCGUUGACGAUAUGAUUAACGGAUAUAAUGAAGAUUUGGAAAAAGUUCAUCCUUUUGACCCUGCUCAGAUACCCAAUUUUACCUAUAAUAUGGAAGGAAAGUUACGAUUUACGACACCCACGACUAUUUACAACAGUGAAUAUAUUCAGCUUAUGGACGCUGGCAUGUCGAACAACUUACCAAUAUACCCCCUUCUCCGACCUGGUCGAGACGUCGAUAUAAUUGUGGCAUUCGACGCAUCUGCCGACGUCAAAACAGAUAACUGGUUAUCUGUAGCAGACGGUUACGCCCGCCAACGUGGCGUCAAAGGUUGGCCUAUCGGUGUCGGGUGGCCGAAGGCAACGGACUCGGCGCAAAAGAUUGAACGGCAGUUGGAGGCUGCGCAAGCGAAAUCGGUUUCUGAGGCAGAAACUAAAAUGCAGCAAGCGCAACGAGACCAAAAGAUGCAUCAAGUAUCAGAUGACAAUACCAAAGGCUUGGAAAAACAGCAGAUGGAGAAUAGCACCAAGUCGGAUCACGACAUAGCGCAUCCGGAGGACUCGGAUCUUGGCUACUGCACGAUUUGGGUAGGCUCGACAGAAGAACGUUCAACGGAGCCGCCGCCGCCACCGACCAAGGCGCUCACAGAUGACACAUUGUCCUGGCAUUUAACAGAGCCUAAUGCGGGCAUCACAGUGGUAUACCUUCCGUUCCUAGCCAACCCCAAAGUUGACGGCGUCAACCCGGCAACUAGCGACUACAUGAGCACCUGGAACUUUGUCUACACGCCGGACCAAGUUGACAAGGUCGUCGCCCUCGCUCGGCAGAAUUACGCUGAAGGCAAGGACCGGAUCCGCCGCUGCGUCCGCGCUGUCUACGAGCGCAAAAAGAAGAUGCGCGAGGACCAUGAGGCCGCUGCCCUGAAGGAAAGGUAUAGGCGACUAGUUAGGCUGGGCAUCGCGGAUAAACUAGGCGAGGGCGACCACUUUAGUUAAGAACAGUAAUUUCUCUGUCCUUUAUUUUAGGUCCGUCCUCGUGUCACUGUAUUAUUCCUGCCACUUCUCUUCUUCUUUCACUUACCUACUUAUGCCUGUAUCGUCAUACGGGGCAGUAUUUAUUACCUAUAGUUAUUAGAUAGUGUACACACUUGUAAUCAAAAUAUAGAAACUCUCCUAGUUAAAGAUAUGAUGAUAGUAGCCAUGACGUGAAACUCCCUACUCGCGAGAAUCAUUCUGGACUUCAUCCAAUGAAUAUACGCGUCCCAAUGAUAGAAACUGGGAGAAAUUAUUCUCAAUGUUGUAAUGGUUUCUUUUAAUUUCUAUCAUUGGGAUAUAUAGAUUCAUUAUUUAAGAGCGCCAUUAUUCCUAAAUACCUAGUAUUUAGGAUUACU